CCUACAUGCAGCUGCUGGAGGACUACUCGGAGCCGCAGCCCUCCAUGUUCUACCAGACGCCGCAGAGCGAGCACAAGUACCAGAUGAAGAAAAAGAAGCUCAUGGAGGUGUACGGCUUCACGGACUCGUUCGGCGCGGCCGACGCCCUGCAGGAGCUGGCCCCGCCCCCCGCGCUGCCCCCCAAGCAGCGGCAGCUGCAGGCCUCCUAUGCUGCUUCUUCCUUCUCCUCUGUCUCCUACUGUGUCCAGCAAACUAAAGUGGCCUUCACCCCCGAGGACAGCAGUGCCACUCAGGGCGUCACUGUGUCCGUCUCUAGCCCCUUUCUUGGCCGGCCCGGCGCCGCGCCCUCGUGCAAGUCUGUGUUGAGGUCCUUCUCCCAGGACUCCGUGCCUCACAGCCACGCUUCUGCUCCGCCUUUCCUUCCGCCCACCUCCUCUUCCUCUCCACAUUUCCCGCCUGUCCGCCAGUCCCAGAGCUCGGAGUUGGCGGCGCCGACCGCCACCGGCCCGCCUCCCGGCACCGUGGACGGGCCUCCUCCGGCCCCUCAGGAGCGCGCCGCUCACAGGGACGCUGCCCGCCUUGCUCCCGAAACCUCUCUCUCUGACUCGCCCCAGACGCCUCCGAGAGAACGGGCCAGCGAGGGCGCUGGCGAGGGCGAAUACGUCAGUCUGUGCUCCUCUGCCCGGGGCGGCGAGGAGCGGGCCGCCUCUCGAGGAGAGUCACCGGCUGCGAAGGACGGACCUGGCAGAGACCCGUCGGCCGGGGGCGCCCCUGGGAAGGAAAGCAGGGACGGCGGGGACAGGGUCCCGCAGUCGCCAGACGCUCCGGAGUCGGCGCCGCUGGGGGAGGACGUGGACGAGCUGACCCUCAUCGAUCACGAGGAAAUCAUGGCCAGACUGACGCUCAAGCAGGAGGGCGACGACGGGCCAGACGUGCGAGGAGGAUCUGGGGACAUCCUGCUGGUCCACGCGACCGAGACGGACCGGAAAGACCUGGUGCUGUACUGCGAGGCCUUCCUGACCACCUACAGGACCUUCAUCAGCCCCGAGGAGCUCAUCAAGAAGCUGCAGUACAGGUAUGAGAAGUUCUCACCCUUCGCCGACACGUUCAAGAAGCGGGUCAGCAAGAACACGUUCUUCGUGCUGGUGCGGGUGGUGGACGAGCUCUGCCUGGUGGAGCUGACUGAGGAGAUCUUGAAGCUGCUCAUGGAGCUGGUUUUCCGCCUGGUGUGCGGCGGGGAGCUCAGCCUGGCCCGCGUGCUCCGGAAGAACAUCCUGGACAAGGUGGACCAGAAGAAGCUGCUCCGCUGUGCCAACUCCGACCAGCCGCUCGCGGCCAGGGGGGUCGCCGCCAGGCCGGGGACCUUGCACGACUUCCACAGCCACGAGAUCGCCGAGCAGCUGACGCUGCUGGAUGCAGAGCUCUUCUACAAAAUCGAGAUUCCUGAGGUUUUGCUUUGGGCAAAAGAGCAGAAUGAGGAGAAGAGCCCCAACUUGACCCAGUUCACGGAGCAUUUCAACAAUAUGUCCUACUGGGUCCGGUCAAUAAUCAUGCUGCAGGAAAAGGCCCAGGACAGGGAACGGCUGCUCUUGAAGUUCAUCAAGAUCAUGAAGCACUUACGCAAGCUGAACAACUUCAACUCCUACCUGGCCAUCCUGUCCGCGCUGGACUCGGCGCCCAUCCGCCGGCUGGAGUGGCAGAAGCAGACCGCAGAGGGCCUGGCCGAGUACUGCACGCUCAUCGACAGCUCGUCCUCCUUCCGCGCCUACCGGGCCGCCCUGUCGGAGGUGGAGCCGCCCUGCAUCCCGUACCUGUGAGUGGGGCCCUGCCCAGUGUCCUCCGGGGCCCGACCGCCCU